CUAACGAUACCAUGGACCUUCCCACCCUCAAUGGCACCUCCAGCCGCACUAGCGAUACUGUGCAAAUCGUCGAUGUCGAACCAACAAGGAAUCCGGCCAGCAGCGAUAACGCCACAAUGAAAGACUUCUAUGUGAUCGCUGCUGGAUAUAUAUUCUUUACCCUUACCGACACAGCUGUUCGAAUGAUUGUCUUAUUCGGAUUGUGGCAGAGGCACUUUCAGGCUCUCAAUAUUGCCAUUAUGUUUGUAUCUUACGAGGCACUGGGCGUAGUUACGAACCUGUUUGGAGGCAUUAUGGGUUCUAGGUUAGGGCUCCGCUUUUGCCUCCUUCUAGGCCUGUUGCUUCAGCUUGUCGGAAUCUCCCUUCUCUUCGUUCUGGACCGUGAAGAUGUUUCGCAUUGGUCGCAAGCAGCCGUGACGGGUUACGUGGUUUUUGCACAAAGCUUUUCAGGCGCUGCAAAAGAUCUCGUCAAACUAGCCGGAAAAUCAUCCACAAAGUUAGCCACCAAAGCAGCAAAAAAUCGCAAGACCAAUGCCGGUGACCCUCUUUUCAAACUUGUCGCAUGGCUGACUGGGGCAAAGAACUCUGUUAAAGGCCUUGGAUUUCUCAUUGGUGCAGUUUUGAUCAACUAUGCUGGUCUCUGGCGAGCACUUUUGGUCAUGGUUCUAUUGACGCUCUUACCAUUGCCGGGAGUAUGGAUGUGGUUGGAUCCACGAUUGGGAAUCUCAAAGGAUCAGCAACGGUUAACGCUGAGAGAGAUAUUUGACAAAGGGAGGGAUGUUAAUAUGCUGUCGUUGGCAAGGGUGUUCCUGUUCGGAUCGAGAGAUCUCUGGUUUGAGAUUGCUUUACCCAUCUGGUUACGUGCGCAAUUUGAUUGGAAUUUUACCGCAAGUGGAGCUUUCCUGGCUGUGUGGAUUAUCAUUUAUGGGGCUGUCCAAACGAUUACCCCUCAAUAUAUUCUAAAGCCGCUGAAAAUGUACCCAUUCAAACGGGCAAAGCUGCUUGUAAUAUGGACAGUUUUGCUCAUGAUCAUUACUAUAGCAAUAGCUGCAUACCUUACAGCUGUACGCAACAAGCCAAUCAGUGAUCAGAAGGCCGCUACUCUCUCGAUCAUUUCGAUCGGUCUGGCAGUUUUUGCUUUCGUCUUCGCGGUAAACUCUUCGAUACACUCUUACUUAAUUGUUGCAUAUGCGGCAAAAGAUAAGAUAGCCAUCAAUGUUGGCUUUUACUAUUGCGCAAAUGCGUUAGGUCGAUUGACCGGAACUUUACUGUCUGGUUUUAUGUUCCAAUAUUACGGUAUCUGGGUUUGUAUCUGGACGUCUGUGGGCUUUCUAGCCAUCUGCACAGUUAUCACAGCAUUCUUUCGGGAUGUGAAAGACGCGAACACUGAGUAGAAUAACAUUAAAAGUAACUACC